UUUAUAAAACUGCAAACAAAUCACGAGGCUGUUACUUAUAUUGACUUAUCUAUCAUUUACCACAUGAUGUCGCUGGAGACCACAUAUAAGAUUGUUACAAUAUGAAUAAAAACUCCUCCCUGCACGGGAAACCCAAAACCGCCAUCAGCCAGCCAUCAGUUUAGAGAAACACGGGAUUGUACUGUGGGCAGAAGAGCUGCUGCUGCUGCGGAUUGUUGUUUAUGACGGAUGUAUACAUUGGAAAUACACAAUAAGUGUAAUUCAGUGUUCAUUGUACAGCGAUGGGAAACGAGGAAUAUGCCUGGAUUCAUAUCGUUGCACUGCUGUGUUUUUGUGACUCGUCUGCUUCCCAAUUAUCCUACUCCGUUUCCGAGGAGGCGAACAAAGGCACCGUGGUGGGGAAUAUCGUAAAGGAUUUGCACCUGGAUGUUCAAUACUUAGAGACCAGGGCUCUGAGGAUUGUUUCGAGUUACAGUAAGAAAUAUUUUGACGUGAAUUUGCGCACCGGGAACCUCUUUGUUGACGAGAGGAUAGACAGAGAAGAGAUUUGCGCAAACACUCCACAAUGCUCCCUGAGGAUACAGGCUGUUUUAAGCAAUCCAAUGAAUGUACACCGCAUCGAGGUCAGUGUGAUAGACUUAAAUGAUAACUCGCCAGAAUUUAUUGAACAGUCACAUUCGUUAAACAUCUCCGAAUCAAUGUCACCGGGAGAACGAUUUCUUCUCCCAAUAGCGGUGGACGCAGACAUAGGCAGCAACUCAGUUAAGACUUACAAGCUGAGCCACAAUGAAUAUUUCUCGCUUGAUGUGCAGAGCGGAGGAGAACACGGUGUGUCUGCUGAGUUACUGCUUCAGAAAGCUUUAGAUCGAGAGAAACAGCAGGUUCUUAAACUUAUUCUGACCGCUGUAGAUGGAGGAAACCCCGCUAGAUCAGGUACAUUGCAGAUACAUGUAAAUGUAACAGAUGCGAACGAUAACACACCAGUUUUCAACAAAUCGCUUUACAAAAUACGUGUGCGUGAAAAUAUUGCACACGGAACAGUGAUAAUAAAGUUAAAUGCUACAGAUUUAGAUGAGGGCAUGAACAGUAAGAUCAUGUAUUCCUUUAUCAAAAGAGGAAAUACAGAUCCAUCAAACAUGUUUGAUCUAAAUUCAGGAACAGGAGAAAUCACAGUGAAGGGCACAUUAGAUUAUGAAGAGACGUCUGCUUAUGAGGUUAGAGUCCAAGCAACGGAUCAAGGAAUCUACCCUCGUAGUGCACAUGCUAAACUACUGAUAGAGAUAAUUGAUGUGAAUGACAAUGCCCCAGAAAUAUCGGUGACGUCACUCAUGACCCCAGUAAAAGAAGAUGCGGAACUGGGGACAAUAGUGGCUUUGGUUACAGUGAGUGAUACAGAUGGAGGAAACAAUGGUGUAACUAACUGUAAGGUAGUUGGGUCUGCUCCCUUUAAACUGAAGUCCAACUACAAAAAUGAAUAUUCAUUAGUAGUAAAUGGACCACUAGACAGAGAAAACACUUCUCUGUAUAAUGUCACAAUUACAGCCACAGAUGAAGGGAGCCCACCUCUGUCCAGUAUCAGGGUCAUUACUGUUGAGGUUUCCGAUGUCAAUGAUAAUGCACCUAGAUUUAUGGAGCCUGUGAUUAAUGUUUAUGUGAAAGAAAAUAGUGCAAUAGGCUCCGUUAUUUCUACAAUAAAUGCCUUUGAUCCUGAUUUGGACAAUAAUGCAAAACUGACUUACAGAUUGUUAGAAAAUUAUCCAAAAAAUAUUCCAGUUUCUUCAGUUGUAAACAUCAACUCAGAGACUGGAGAUAUAGUCAGCCUGCAGUCUUUUAACUAUGAAGAGUUGAAAACGUUUCACGGAGGAACACCAGAGUCUGUGGCCUGA